AUGAUACAACUUUAUUUAGCCGGUAGCGGUGAAGAUUGUGAGGAGAAGAUUAAGUAUCAAGUUGUUCAGCAGAAAGGACGAUUUAAAGUUACCUCUGAGAAUGUUGACUUGGAAAAGGCGACUCCAGAAAAUCUGACUGCUACUCAACCAUUGCCACUUGAUCCUACACCAGCAAAUCAUUCUUCCCAGUCCAUAUUUCCAGUGUUGCAAAAUGCUUUACAGGCAACUAUUAUUGGAAGAGAGAGUAUUCUUAGUGCAAUGAGGCAAGUGACCGACUCCACAGGAUGUAUUCUAUCAAAUUCAGCUGGAGUAGAGAAAUCACUGUUGGAGGCAGCUCUUGACAGGGAGAAGGAUUUACAUCGUGAAGUUGCUGAUUUACGAUGGAGGCUUGAGCGUUCCCAGGAAGAGCUUCAAAAAUAUAAAACAGAAAACAAAAGCCCAAAGUGACAUACAUUUGCGCGAAGUCUACAUCAAUGUGUAGGAGAUAACUGACUUUGUAAAUGAGAUACCAGAGUUAACAGAUUUAAAUUUCAUCCCACUUUUAGGGUGAAGGUAUGGGCUGCUCUCCAACUGAGUUGCACUCCAGCACUAGGGUUGCCUUUUUCCCUUUUUUUUUUUUUUUUUUUACUUGUUUCUGCUUAUUCUUGUUUUACCAGGCUGAUUUGAGUACAUGUUGAAGUUUUAGAGAAUAUCAUCCUUGGUGAUAUUAAUUC